GCCGGUCGCGGCAAGUGAGCGUUCGGUACUGCUACUUCCAGUGGUGUUGGUUGUGGCGGCAGUGGCAGCGGCACAGGCAGCAACGACAGGAGGUAGCCGAGGUAGCCCAGGCGAGCGGGCGGCGGGCUCCAUGGAGUGCGGUGGACGUCGGAGCAGAGGCGGCGCUUCCUCCCCGACACACGGGCUUCAGUGAUCCGCGCUCGCGCCCUGCCUCGCGUCGGAGCGGCAGCCGUCUCCGUGACUGACCGGCUCCUCCCUGCGCCGCCGCCUAGCUUCCCGACACCCUUGCGCCCAACUCGCCCUGGUCCCCACUCCCCGGCGGAGUGGCGGCCGCCGGGCCACCGCAGCGGCGUCUAGAGCAUCAGCGGCCAGAGCCCGCCUCUAUGAUGAAGUUCAAGCCCAACCAGACGCGGACCUAUGACCGCGAGGGCUUCAAGAAGCGGGCGGCGUGCCUGUGUUUCCGGAGCGAGCAGGAGGACGAGGUGCUGUUGGUGAGCAGCAGUCGGUACCCAGACCAGUGGAUUGUCCCAGGAGGAGGAAUGGAGCCUGAGGAGGAGCCUGGCGGUGCCGCUGUGAGGGAGGUGUAUGAAGAGGCUGGAGUCAAAGGAAAAUUAGGCAGACUCCUGGGCAUAUUUGAGCAGAACCAAGACCGAAAGCACAGAACAUACGUUUAUGUUCUUACUGUCACUGAAAUAUUAGAAGAUUGGGAAGAUUCUGUUAAUAUAGGAAGGAAAAGAGAGUGGUUCAAAGUAGAAGAUGCCAUUAAAGUUCUCCAGUGUCAUAAGCCUGUACACGCCGAGUAUCUGGAGAAACUGAAGCUGGGCUGUUCUCCGUCCAAUGGAAAUCCCACCGUCCCUCCUCUUCCAGAUAACAACACCUUGUUCGUAACUGCUGCACAGACCUCUGGCUUGCCGUCCAGCAUCAGAUAGAAAGGAAGGCCCUCUCCCACCAUGUGCAGUCUCACAAGGGAGAGGCUUCUUUAUUUUCUUGGCAAACAUCUGAAUGACGCUUGCAAACUGUCUGAAUUUGCCAUGCAAGGUUUUCAAACAAUUUGCAUGUUUUUCAGAUGCUUUCAAAUCUUUUUUUAAUAGUGUAAAAUAUUUUAAUAAGCCAAAGCCAUGUGGAAUUUUUUUUUAGAUGCCUUAACUGUGCCCCCGACCCCACCUCACCUUCCCAUUAUUUUGGUUGUCAUUUUUUCUGUUUUUCAUCCAUUUGGUGUCGGUCUGUGGUUUCUGUGAGAUCACCUUACUUGUGAGUGUGUUUGCCUACCACCAAAUUCUUUUCUCAUUCCCAGCAUUAAUGUAGGCAACAAGUCCAUCUGUUGUGGGGAUUUACCAAAAUCAUUCUCAGUAUUAAAGAAAUCUAUCCACCUGAACUUGUUUCAUAGGAUCACAAUUUUAUUUCACAAACUCUGUAUCUGGACUAUUUCUGUAUGGCCCAGUAACUGUUUUGACAAAGGGCCUAAUUUGCUAUUUUCAAGAAUUUGUUACUCAUUCAUCUCCGUUUUCACAACUGGUGUUAUAUCGCUAGCAUAAGUCCCCUGUUCCUCAAUAGCCCUUUAACACAAAAUUUUGAUUGAGUCAAGGUGGCGAUUUUUAGGGAGGUAUUAUAAAUAAAAUGCAUGUAGCAAAUACAGCAUCUUGUGAAAUCUGGUUUCAUGGAAUUUGAGAUAGCACACCUGUUGCCAAUUCCUUUUAUCCAUAAUCUCUCUUUAUAUGGAAUACCUGAGGACCAAAUUUUCCUCAAUGUAAAUUGCUUUUCAAAACUAUAUUUUCAAUUUUUGAAUUUAGUGACAGGCACCUCAUCAGUUAAACUUACCGGUUACCAAUGGCCGCACCUAGGUUCGGAGCCUGUGGCCUCAGAACGCCAGUCAGUGAUGACUGUGUCGCAGUUCAAAUGGCCUUCCUGCUGUUCAGCUGGUACAGACUUAGAUUGUUAGGGCACCUUUAGAACCUGUCAUCUCUUACAGAUUGUUAAAGGGUACUAUUUAUCAUAUAGUAACUUGGGCACUGGAAUAUACCUGAACUAAGAAUUAUUUUUGUCAUAUACUUGUCUUUAUACAUAAUAAAAUCAAGAAUCCUAUCUAAAAUACGUAGGUACCUUGUCUGAAACUCCCAUGCUCUCCCAGACAAACCAGAAAUGAGAUGAGCAGAAAAAUUUUUGAGUAAGAUGUGGGUGGGGGAGAAGGGCAAGGUCAUUCUGUAUGUAGACAUUAACUUUUGUAAAUAUUGUGACUGGUGAACAUAAAGUAGAAAGUAAGUGUAGUUAUACAUUCGUUCUACAAAUUGUUAACCUUAAAAUGUAUAAUUGCUGCUAAAAAUAGAGUGCUGUUACACUUAAAUUUGGUGCCACUUUCAAAAAUGAUAUCUUGUGCCAUAAGUGCAGCUGAACUAGAUAUGAACAUUAGCUCACAAAUUAAUGCUGUUAAAGGAAUGAGCAAUUUAACCAGUGACAUUUCAUUAUAAAUUAUGUGGUGUGAUCAAACAUGAUCAUCCAGGAUGUUGUUUUUUAUAUUUUUCUUUGUAUAGAGGUUAUGUAUUUAGGGUGUUUUUUAAAAAACAUUUUAAAUCCCACAGAUUGACACUUUCUAUCAAUCUUAAAUGGACUAAAGUUUUUGGUCUCAGUGAUCUCUGGAAUUUCUUUAAAUUACAUACUUAACAAAGCAGAGAAACUGGAUUGUUUCUGUAUAUAGGACUGUGUCCACCUGAAAUGCUGUCACAAGUACUUGGGGGGGAAUGGUAUCUUGUACAUGAUAUUCUUAGAGUUAACAAUGCAUGUACCUGUUUUAUAAACUCUUAGACUAUGUAUUUGAUCUGUAAAAUAUGUACAGUAUUAAUGUCAGCCACCUCUUAAAAGUGAGCCUAUAAAUAUUGCUGUAUAAUUUCCUUUGGUCAGAAACAUUUGGAUGAAGUAGUGCCACUCAAGUCGGGAUUUCUUCAGUGCCAGUUAGCAAACCGUCUUCAGUCUAUGCAAUGAGCAGAAAUUUGUGUAAUGCAACAGGAUAUUUACAGUCGUUACAGUUUAAAUCUCAAACAGGGUGUUCUUCACUAUUCUUCCGAAAUCCAGUCUAGCAAAAUUAGAGGAAGGGCCCUAAGGGUUUAUUUCUGUUCAAAGAGUAAGCCCACAUUUUCAGGCUCAACAGUUGAAUCUACUACAAAUAACAAAAAGUGUCUACUAUCUCAACCCUCCAAAGAUUAGUGUUGGGACCGUCAUUUGUGCUCUCUGUGGGGUAGCUGGAUAAAGUUGGACAGAUAAAAUUGCAGUCCCAUUGACUUGCAGACACCAAGUAGCAGCUGUUCUGCAUGUUGUUGGGUUUUUGGUUUUUGUAAACACAUGAAAUUUUCCAACCAGACAUGUCAUUGAGUUAGUUCUUCAGUGUUAAUUUGACAGUUGUAUAAAGCAGCAAAACUGAAGGGGCUGGUGAUUGUUGUAUACACUUUGAAUUGCUUUGCAUGGUCUCAUUUGAGAUUAUUGGUGUAAGACUUUUUUUUACAUUUGGAAACACAAAUAAAAAUGGAAAUAAAUGA